GUUUCUAAAAGGAAGCACUUCUCCCCACUAGUUUACCCCCUCACAUUGCCAAAAUGUGAAAGGAAAGGGGGAGCACUUUUCCCCAACCGAAUCCUCUUUUCCUCUUUUUGUGGCUUCUGUUGAUUCUGUUUUGUGAUUGUUUAUUCUUUCUUUCCUGUUCCUCUUUACUGAGAUUGAUUAUUGGUAGUUGAUUGAUGAGAUUUAAUGGUUUCAGGUAUGAUUAUGGGGGCAUCAGCAUCAUCUGUGACUGUGUGGUAUAAUCUACAAGUUCCUCAUCCAAUUAAAGAAGUGCCCAUCUUGGACUACGACUUGGCUCUUCUGUUCCAACCCAUGCUAAUGCUUGGCAUUACUGUUGGAGUUUCCUUGAGUGUUGUCUUCCCUUACUGGCUAAUCACCGUUCUCAUCAUCAUACUCUUUAUGGGAACUUCUUCAAGAUCUUUCUACAGGGCUACUGAAAUGUGGAAGGAGGAAACAUACUUGAAGUCAGAAAUAGCGGAUAGAAAGGAGGCACUAGUCAAUUCUCGUGGUGAACUUCUGAUUGAUACCAAUUUCGAGCCUUUGAUACCCAAAGAAGAGAAAUCGAAAUGGGCAGUAUUCUGCUUGAACCUGAAUUGGAAGAGGCUUCUGGUUCUGUUUGUAGUCUGGUUCUGUUUCCUUCUUCUCCAAGUCAUCAAGAAUGAUGUCUCAGUUUGUGGCACUGCAUACUGGAUGAUCUUUUGCUUGCAGCUCCCCGUGGCCAUGGGAGUGUUUGGCUAUGAAGCAGUGAAACUAUACAAAGAAUACAAGAAGAGGUCGAGUGUGGGGAACACAGAAUGUAUCUGUGAGGCUUCAAUUGCAUGGACACCAUUGAAUAUUGCAUUCUGUGCACUUUCUGGAAUUCUUGGAGGCACUGUGGGUGGAUUGUUGGGAUCUGGUGGUGGAUUCAUCCUAGGCCCCUUGCUGCUUGAGAUUGGUGUCAUCCCUCAGGUUGCAAGUGCAACAGCAACAUUUGUGAUGAUGUUCUCCUCAUCCUUGUCUGUGGUGGAGUUUUACCUUCUCAACAGGUUCCCCAUACCUUAUGCCGUGUACCUUAUGGGAGUAUCUAUCUUAGCUGGUUUCUGUGGCCAAUACUUUGUGAGAAAGAUUGUUGCAUUCCUUGGAAGGGCUUCAAUCAUUGUCUUCAUUCUCUCUGGUGUCAUCUUUGCUAGUGCUCUCACAAUGGGGGUUAUUGGGACUGAGAAGAGCAUAACUAUGAUACACAACCAUGAAUUCAUGGGAUUUCUGGGUUUCUGUAGCAGCCAAUGAUCGUUGGCAUAUAAACCCAGAAGCAGAAUGCAGCCAUGGCAUGUAAAGAAAGAAGAAGCAGAAUGAUGGUUUGAGCAUUAGGCUAACUCCAAUGGAGCCUCUAUAUUUGGGAGAGCCUUUAUAUUUGGGGGAAAGUUAGCUCCAAUGGAGCCUCUAUAAAUAGAGGAGUCUCUAUAUUUGGGGGAGAUCUCCAAAAUGAUCCCCAAAUUUGGGGGUGGAAAUGGGGGUUCCCCCAAAUAUAGAGACUCCCCAAAGCCCGCCACGUGGCGUUUCUUUUUCUUUUUAAGAUUUUAAGGGUUAAUUGGGGUUUAAUUAGGAGAUUAGUUAGGGGUUUAAUUAGAUCAAUAAUUUUCAAGUGUUGUGUGUAAACCCAAAUUAGGUCAAUCAUUUUUUGUCAAAAAAAAUUUGGUCUCAAAAUUAAAAAAAUUUCUACCGGAAAAUUUGUAUUUAAAAAUGAUGACGAACUAUACAAAAAUUAACAUGAACAAAUUAUAUUAAGACUUCGGUAAGUACAUUUUUAAGUAAAUGGAAAACUUAAAAAAUGGAGAUCUCCAAAUAUAGAGGAUGUAGCAUUGAAGCAAAAGAAGGAAAAAUGGGGAUGAACCCCAAAUUUGGGGAUCUUCAUCCCCAAAUUUGGAGGCUUGCACUGGAGUUGGUCUUAUAGUGAUAUUGGCUGGUCAACUUCUAGUUGACCAGCUCCUCCUGUGCAGCUAGCUUGUGUUAGAUGUCUCUCCUAUUCAUGAGUGUCAGUUCCUGGCUGACACCUUCGGACAAAUUCCUCAUUGCAUAAAAUAUUUGAAAUAAUAAACUGUCAAUUCUCAUGUCCUUGCCUUGGUUCCACCUUUGGACUUCUUAGAAAUUUAGUUUGAUAAUGUCUAUCAUCAUGCUGCAAAUGUGGAUCAAUCAAGCUAUUAGAUCAUGAUUGGUGGGUUGUUGGAUCUGAAUCUGACAGUGAGUUCUUUAACCCAACACUCUCACCAUUACCGGAGAUUGAUUAUCCUAAACAAUUCUUUAUUACUAUGAAGUUCUAGGAAAGAAGUAGACAAGUUAAAGAGAACUAUUGAUCUGGUUCAAGAAGACACAUCAAAGUCAUCUUGCUGAUAGAUAAUGAUUAUGAAUGACCCAUCAAUAAAACAACAAUGAUAAAGUCGCGAGUAGGCUAUUGAUCAUCUUUCAUCAAAAUUCCAUGUCCAAACAACCGUGAUAUCUUGUAAGAAAGAGGCCUAGGGAAGGAAAUAGUUGCUAGGAAGGAAGCUUCAUGGAUGAGUCCAAGGAAUUGGGGGAAUGGAGGGCAUUCAUUCAUAUCAGAAAGUACACGUUGCCAAAUAUUUGUAUGGUAGCCACUGUUCUUCUUGCUCUGGUUUCUCUGUCGGCCACCACAUGGUUUCUUUUUCCCCCCAUGAAUGGGGAUAAUAAAAGCAAUUCGUGUAC